ACAAGACGUCGCGCGCUCAGUUCUUCAACAGGAGAGGGAGGAGAUGCGCCUGAGGGCUCUACUGCCACAUUAAAACUCACAAACCGCACCAAUGACCAAACCGAGCAGUUAUGUCCCAUGGGCAGGGAGGGUCUUGUGAGAUCGUGUGGUCUUCAGCACCGAGCUCGAUGUCUUCUGAAUGUACGUGGUCGAUCCUUGUAAUGUUCUGCUUCAUCCUGGCUACAGGUGCACAUGAAGGAACUGUGUGCACUGUGAGAUCAAGCAAAGGUGAAGAAGUCCUCUUAGGAUCCAACUUCACCUUCUCCUGUAUCUUUAACAAGCAAUGCUCCAAACUCAUUUUUCGAAAUGGAACGCAGAUUCUAUAUAUAAAAAAGAAAGCCAUGUCAAUGGAGGUGUCUGUGGAAAUUGUGAAUAUAAAAGAGUUUAGCACUUUCAGCUGCAGGUGUGAGGAGAACCCAGAACCAUGUGGAAUCGACAUCAAACCUGGAUACCCUCCAGACAUUCCACAAAACCUCACAUGUGUUCAAAAAAUGAAUUCUCGCAAUGUCAGUUGCAUUUGGACAACGGGAAGAGGUACCAUAAUCGACACCACAUGUCAGUUACGGGUUCAUGGUGACCUGGAACUUGGCUAUGAGAGUUUUAUGAACGCUACAGGAUUUUGUCACUCCACUUUCCCCAUCAAAAGCUCAGAAAUGACACAGCUUGUUGUGUGGCUCAGUGUCUCUAAUACCCUGGGCUCAAAAACCUCAGGCCCUCACACCAUCAACCUAAUAAAUAUAGUAAAACCCUCAAUGCCUGAAAUCAUUAAUGUGAGCUGUUCCUCCCGAUGGUGCAACCUACACACAGACAAUCACAGCAUGAACUUGGUUGAAAUCCAGUACAGUGCUGUAAAUGGGAUCUGGGACACCUUCCAGACUAAUGAUAAGAGUAGACUGAACAUAUCCUUGCUACAGCCGGAUACCACGUACAAUUUCCAGAUCAGGAGGAAAAUUAACCAUACAGUAGGCCUGUGGAGUGACUGGAGUCAACCAAAGCAAAAAACAACAAAAGAAGAAGCUCCUGAUAAGGCGCUUGAUGUCUGGUACCUCCAAGAACUGAAGCCCCCACAAUCUAAAAGCAAGUGUUUCCGCAUAUUUUGGAAGGAACUGAACAUAUCAGAUGCCAAGGGGAAAAUUCAGAGGUAUAAUAUAAGUGUCCAGGAGCAAAAGGGAAAGAGGCACUCUAUCAUCGUAGUUCCACCCAGCAGAAAUCAGAGCAUAUGCUGCUAUAAUUGUUCUGUGUCAGUGUCCGCGGUUAACUCAGAGGGUCAAUCUCCUGUCAAAAUUAUUCAGCUGCGGUUUCCAGGUCUAGUUGCAGGUUUACCGUCACACAGGCCAUUGAAUAAUCAUAGCAUUGCCCUCUUCUGGCCCAAGCUUGACAUUGCAGGCACUGAGUAUGUGGUGCAUUGGUAUCCAGUUGGAAACAUAGAGGGGAUUCAGUGGACCAGAGUGGUGGAUACCACAGCUCACAUUACAGGUCUGCAGCCUCAAGAAUGCUAUCAGGUUGCAGUUACCGCUCUGCGAUCAUCUGGUCCCAAAAUGGCAACCAUUAAAGGCAUCUCCUCAUGGCAAUCAGCUCCAGAACAGGGUCCAGAUCCUAAACCUUUCCGGAAGGACACAGAGAGCUUGAGCUUGACCUGGAAUGAAAUCCCUCAAAAGAAGAGAAGAGGCUGUUUAAAAAAAUACACUGUCUACUUGAUGGACAAGUUGAAGGGAGAUAUUCACAAAUUCAGUGUAGACCAUCCAAAGACACAGUAUGUCAUCAGUGGUCUGUCACCAGAACAGUGUUACAAUCUGUGGGUCACUGCCUGGACUGAUGCAGGGGAGGGACCCAAAGGAAGUGAUCUCCCAUUCUGCACACUAUCAGACUCUGAGAGAAUGCUGUCCCUGGUGAUCCUGGCUGGUGGAGUAGUACUUUUGGCCUGUCUAAUCCUCCUGUGCAUCUGUCAGUUCUCCUCUGUCCAUAGAAGAUUCUUAUGCUGUUGCCGGUGUCUGCUGCCUAUUAUUCCAGAUCCAGCAAACAGCAAAUGUGCAAAGACAUAUGCUGAUGACCAGAGUGAAAUAAAAUUUUAUCUAGACCAGUGUGACUCCAGUGUGAAUGAGGAUCCUGAUAAUGUGGAGGUGGAGGAAGUUCCCUAUCCCUCCAUCUGCACCUACAUCAAAAGUUUCUCUCACGAGUCCAGCUCCUCUGAUGGCACCCAAAUCACCAAGAUCACAGACAUCAUGGAGGACUACAUUUCCACUCAUGGGGCAAUAAGUGGAGAAGAGGAGGAAGAUGAAUAUGAAGGAGAAGAGAGGAGUUUGGAUGAAUUUAAAUUCUUCCCAAGCACUCACAGCCCUUUCAUGGAGCCCCUGUUUUUAACUGGAGGAAAGCUGACUCUGGAUGUAGUGAAAAUAGACUGCAGUGAAUUUCUGGAUUGCACAUGAUUCUCAAGAGGCAUUAAAAUUAGACCUGAUUGUGACUGUACUAUGGAUCUGGAAAAAUAACCAUGGACAUCCCAAAAAUAAUUUGUCAGUCAGAAGGACAAACGUCUUCUUGCUCUCAAUCUCAGCCAUACCUGGGCAUCUCAAGCUAAUGUUGUCAUUUUAAAGUCAUAAUGAACCAAAGUAGCAACAGAUUUUCUUUUCCUGUAUUGUGAUGAACAAUCAAGUGAAAUGGUUUAAAUGUAUGGCAGGGACUUGCUCAUAUAUAUCUGAUGUUGAUUGGAAGUAGAUCAGAAUGCAAGCUUGCAGUUGAUUUUAAGGAAGGGA